AUGCAAUCCUCCUUCUCCUCUACGAAACUCUCUCGCGAAGAAUUUCGUCGUCAGAAAGACCUCGAUGCAGCUCGCAAAGCGGGGACGGCCCCCGCCGAAGUCGGGGAGGAUGGUGUAGUGAUCAAUCCACAUGUGCCCGACUACAUGAGUAAGGCUCCCUGGUACCUCGAUACGGGGAAGCGUAGUUUGAAGCAUCAGGCCAAACCUGACAAGGGGGAGAGACGGAUCGGCAUCGACGAAUGGUACGAACGUGGUCGCCGCACCAGUGGGGGGGAGGGGAGCAAAGCCACAAAGUACCGUAAAGGGGCGUGUGAGAAUUGUGGAGCUAUCACGCAUCCUACGCGGGAAUGUUUGGAGCGACCGAGGAAGAAGGGGGCCAAAUAUACGGGAAAAGACAUAGCGCCCGACGAGGUCGUCACGGACUUCGCUGGCAAGACGAUGGAUUUCGCUGCGAAGCGCGAUAGGUGGAAUGGGUACGAUCCUGCAGAGCAUGGCAGGGUGAUGGAGGAGUGGGAGGCGGUUGAGGAGGAGAGGCGUAGGAGGAGGGAGGAGAUGGUUGAUGCGCAAGGGCAGGGGGUGGAGCGUGAUGGGGCCGCGCUGGCCAAGAAGAAGAAGAAGGGCAAGAACAAGAAGGACUCCGCCGCCGCCGCGCACGAUUCCGACUUCUCAUCCUCGGACAGCGACGAGGCAGAGCAAGACGACUCGCAGUACGCCGAGAGUGCCAACAUGGCUGGUCAAAAGGUGGAUACGGACAAUCGCAUGUCCAUUCGCAACCUGCGCAUCCGCGAAGACCGAGCCAAGUACCUCUACAACCUCGACCCCAAUUCCGCCUACUACGAUCCCAAGACGCGAUCGAUGCGCGAGGCGGCCAGCGCGGCGGGCAGUGGCAGCGGUAGCGGCUUUGCAGGGGAUAACGCCACGCGCAACAAGGGCGACAGCGUAGCGAUGCAGCGUCUCCAACUAUUCGCCUGGCAGGCCGAAGCUCGUGGGAAUGACUUGCACCUCCAGGCCAACCCUACGGUUAACGAACGGCAAUUUCGCGAGUUUCAGGAGAAGAAGGACAAGCUGCGCGAGUCUACGCGGGGGUCCAUCCUGGACCGAUACGGCGGGGCGGAGCAUUUUGACUCCGUACCACGCGAGGUGCGCGAGGGGCAGAGUGAGCGAUACGUCGAGUAUUCGCGCAGUGGGCGCGUCAUCAAGGGGCAGGAGCGCGCCAAGGUCAAGAGUCGCUUCGAGGAGGAUGUGUGGGAUAACAAUCAUACGAGCGUGUGGGGCAGUUGGUACGAUUUGGGCCAGGGGAAGUGGGGAUACAAAUGCUGUUGUUCGACUGUGGCGAAUAGCUACUGUACGGGCGAGGCGGGGAGGGAGGCAGCCAAGGCUGCGCAGGCGUUGCACGACGACGACGACAAGCACCACCGACGCUCACGCUCAUCUCGCCAUCGCCAUCGCCACUCGCGCUCACGCUCACGCUCUCGCUCCCCUCGCGGCUAUAAAUCACGCAAACACCUUGGCGAAGGGGACGUCUCUUCCCGUCUGGACCGUAAGAAGCUGGCACGCGCCCUCGAAGACGAAGAGCGUCGUCUGCGACGCGAGAAGGAGACGGGCGAGGAGCGUGCGAAGCGCGAUGAGGCCAAGCCCGAUUGGCUCAAGGAGGCCGAGGCGAUCAAUCGUGGUGGCGCUGGCAAGGGGAGAGGAGGGGGCGAGGCGGAGACGGAGGUGAGCGAGGAACAGAUGGAGGCUUACCGCCUCAAGCGCACUAAUGCGUACGAGGACCCCAUGGCGAACUAUCGCGACGACGAGGCGGUGUAGCUGCGACGCCUUCUUGCAUCCAAAUUCUAUUCCAUCCUCAUGCUCCGCACUUCUCCAUUGCGCGCGCGCCCUUUAGAAUUUUCCCUUCACCAAAUUCUUGACCAUCUCCCUUCCCGUAAUCCACACCGUGCGCGCAAAAGUCCCAAAGUCGAGCGUAGAGCUGACGGUAUCCGCGAACCCAAAGGGCAACAUGGGUGGGAUCCACCCUUGAGCAAGCUCGAGUGCCCAACACCCACUCU